GGGAGGGGCACUGUGGUGUUUUUAAGGGUGUUGGUGGUGAGAGUGAGUGCAGUAGUCACCACCAAGCCGACUCCCGCACAUCAUGACACGAGCUCUUGGUCUCCUUUCUCUCCUGCUCCUUGGCGGGCUGGCGGCGGGGGCAGUGCCGAAGCAGCCCAAGGGUGUGGUGGAGAGCCUUAACCUCGACAAUGGCCUCAACAGGGGGGAGUGGGGGCCCAUCGCUUUGUGCCCCGACGGCUCCACCGCGUUCGCCUUCGAAAUUAAAUACUCUGGCACGGGUUACGCGGACGACACCUGCGUGAAUGCCAUCAGACUGUACUGCCAGGACUCGGCCGGCUCCCUCACCGCCUCCGUCACCAGCUCCGAGGGUUCCUACGGCCAGUGGAAGGGCAUGAGGACGUGCCCUGGAGGAGAGAACUUCAAUGCUAUGAGGGCCAAUGUCGUGCCUGACAUGGGGACUUUUGGCGACGACCUGGGCAUGGACAACCUGCAGUUGCAGUGCUCGGGGGGGAAUGUCUUGGAUGGCCUGUACGGAACGCCAGCCAAGGGACAGGGCCCGAUGGUAGUACGCGAGAUGAAAAACCUGGGAGACAGGGAGGUGGAGGCUGUGCACAUGAAGCUCAGGAAGUCAGCUCACGCGAGGGACCUUGGUGAGUGGGGCGCGUGGGCGAACUGCUCGGUGGGCAACAAGAUCUGCGGCCUGCAGGUGAGACUCGAGGACGACCACUUAGUCGAAGACGACGCGGGGGUCUCCGACGUCAUCAUGUUUUGCUGUAACUAACGCCGCCGGCGUCGCUGCUGUGGCUGCUGCUGCUGCUGCUGCCUUAGGGAGGCGCCGACCGAAGUAUGGCCGUGCUGAAGAGUCACCAAGAGGAAGGAAUACCCUGAAGGACGACCUGUAAACUAAGGAAUAUACGCAUCCUCUGCGUGCUGCGUUAAGGAAGGGGCCGAGGCACAUGUAGCCGGCAGGUGGGGGAUGGGUGUGUGUGUGUGUACAGCAGGGCUAACAAUAAAACUGUGAACGCG